AUGCAGGCCGCAGAGGGACAGCAGCUUUUUGAUCCCGUUUCCUUUGGGAAAGACCUCAUGAUAGGCGGUGUGGCUGCAGCUGUUUCCAAGACAGCAGUAGCACCCAUUGAGCGUGUGAAACUGCUGCUGCAGGUCCAGGCCUCAUCCAAACAGAUCCGUGCUGACCAGCAAUACAAAGGCAUGAUAGACUGCUUUGUGCGCAUCCCUCAGGAGCAAGGAUUUCGCAGCUUCUGGCGUGGCAAUCUUGCCAAUGUUAUCCGAUAUUUCCCAACUCAGGCCCUAAACUUUGCUUUUAAGGACAAAUACAAGCAGAUUUUCAUGGCUGGAGUGGAUAAAGAUAAACAGUUCUGGAGGUGGUUUGUUUCAAAUCUGGCUUCUGGUGGAGCAGCUGGAGCAACUUCAUUGUGUGUAGUAUAUCCAUUAGACUUUGCACGGACUCGGUUAGGUGCCGACAUUGGAAAAGGUGCGGCAGAGCGACAGUUCACAGGCCUUGCUGACUGCAUUGCUAAAAUUGCAAAAAAAGAUGGAGUUACUGGCCUCUACCAAGGGUUUGGCGUUUCAGUACAGGGGAUCAUUGUAUAUCGGGCAUCCUAUUUUGGAUGUUAUGACACCAUAAAAGGAUUACUGCCAAAUCCAAAAGAAACAUCGUUCAUGUUAUCUUUUGCAAUUGCUCAAGCUGUGACUGUAUUUUCUGGCAUUCUGUCAUACCCCUUUGACACCGUCAGGAGACGCAUGAUGAUGCAGAGUGGAGAGGCUGAACGUCAGUACAAAGGAACCAUUGACUGCUUUAUCAAGAUAUACAACCAAGAAGGAAUAAAUGCUUUUUUUCGGGGCGCCUUCUCAAAUGUUCUUCGUGGGACAGGAGGUGCCUUGGUGCUGGUCCUAUAUGACAAAAUUAAAGAGUUUCUUAAUAUUGAUCCUACAGUAGGCCAAACAUCUGACUAAAGCCACUGAUGGGAGCCUCCUUUACCUACUGUUUUGAAAAAUUUGUCAUUCAUUAUUAUAUGAUGAAUACUGUAAUGACAGUCAAAGGUUUU